AUGGAACAAAGAAGAUACGAGAGACGACACAGAACAGGGUGUUUGACCGGCUACGUCGUUGCUGUGCUCUUGUGGUGUGUGGCUUCGGCGCAACUGAGAUAUUCGAUCUCCGAGGGAGUUAACGAAGGAACUGUGGUCGGAAAUAUAGCGAAAGACCUGGGAUUAGAGAAAAGCACACUAAAAGACAGGAAGUAUCGGAUUGUUUCUGGCGGUGCGGAUUCGCUUUUCCAUGUGAAUCAAAACGAUGGUAUCUUGUAUGUUAGCCGAGAGAUUGACAGGGAAGAGGUGUGCGCGCAGAGCAGUACGUGUUUAAUAAAUCUGAAAACCGUGCUGGAAAACCCGCUGGAGGUGCACUAUGUUGUAGUGGAGGUGCUGGAUGUAAAUGACCACUCUCCAAGUUUCCCAGAGAAAGAGAAAAAAUUAGAAAUUUCUGAGUCUGUAUUGCCGGGAGCACGCUUUCAGCUGAAACCUUCACGGGAUCGAGACAGUGGCCAUUUCUCCGUGCAACAAUAUAAACUCAGCCACAACGAUCACUUUCGUUUGGAAGUUAGGGACAAAGGAGAAGAUGGUAAAAUACCGAUAUUAGUUUUACAAAAAUCAUUGGAUAGGGAGGCAGCUGGAAGCCACUCGUUGGUGCUGACGGCUCUAGAUGGGGGGAAACCUCCGAAAUCUGGAGAUAUGAAUAUUUUAGUAAAUGUUUUGGAUGUUAAUGAUAACACCCCGAUUUUCUCGAAGGAUAUCUAUUCUGUUACACUUAGUGAAAAUGCUCCGGUAGGCACAACAGUCAUACAAGUGAAUGCAACGGAUUUAGAUGACGGCCCGAACGGAGAGGUGGUUUACUCAUUUGGUAACAGUGUGAGUAAUAGUUUAUUUACGCUUUUUGAUAUUAACCAAUCAACAGGGGAGAUAAUUGUCAACGGUCUUAUAGACUAUGAGGAGAAGGACAAAUACGAAAUUGAAAUUCAAGCGUCAGAUAAAGGUGUUGCUCCGCUAACUACAGAAAAAAGCGUCAUAAUAAAGAUAGUUGACGUGAAUGACAACGCACCUGAGAUUGAGGUUACCUCAUUUUCCAGCUCCAUCCCUGAAGAUUCCAGACCUGGAACUACAGUUGCCCUUAUCAGUGUAAAUGAUUUGGACUCUGGUCUUAAUGGAAAUGUCAUUUGCUCCAUAGCUGAAGAUGUUCCUUUUGUUUUAUCACCAUCUUUACAAGAUAAAAUGUAUUCUUUAGUAACCAAAUUGCCUCUGGACAGAGAGAAAAGGGCUAAAUAUGAACUAACAAUAGUUGCCAAAGACUCUGGCCAGCCGUCAUUAUCAUCUGAGAAGACAAUAAGCGUUGUGGUGUCAGAUGUGAAUGACAACAGCCCAGAGUUUUCACUGAGUCCCUAUACUUUUUAUGUCAGUGAAACUAAUGAGCCAGGUACCUCUGUAUUUGCGGUUAAAGCUUUUGAUCGCGAUGAGAACGACAAUGCAGUAAUUUCAUAUCGUAUUUUGAGAGAUGGAAGCGAGGAAAAUAAAUUGACUUCAUUUCUAAACAUAAAUACUGAAAACGGAGAUAUUUUGGCGCUAAAAAGUUUCGACUUUGAAACUCUGAAAACAUUCCAGUUCCAAGUUGUCGCCACGGAUUCCGGAACUCCGUCACUAAGCAGCAACGUCACAGUAAACGUGUUCAUUCUGGAUCAGAACGACAACGCUCCAGUCAUCCUGUAUCCAGUCAGCUCUAACGGUUCUGCUGAAGGUGUGGAGGAGAUUCCUCGCAAUGUGAACGCAGGACACUUGGUGACUAAAGUCAGAGCCUAUGACGCUGAUAUAGGAUAUAACGGCUGGUUACUCUUUUCACUGCAGCAAGUUACUGACCACAGUCUCUUUGGUUUGGACCGCUAUACAGGACAGAUCAGAACACUUCGCUCAUUCACAGAAACAGACGAGGCUGAGCAUAAACUGGUCAUACUUGUGAAAGACAAUGGGAACGUCUCACUCUCAGCAACAGCUACUGUGAUUGUCAAACUUGUGGAGCCCAAAGAAGCUUUUGCAGCUUCUGAUGUUAAAAGUUCAACUAAGGUUGACGAGGAAGACAAUGUGACACUUUACCUGAUGAUAACUUUGGGCUCAGUUUCAACACUUUUUCUCAUCAGUAUCAUCGUGUUGAUUGCAAUGCAGUGCUCUAAACCCACAGACUAUACUUCUAAAUAUCUACAAGAUACAAAUUAUGAUGGGACACUGUGUCACAGCAUCCAGUACAGAUCUGGAGACAAACGCUACAUGUUAGUUGGACCAAGAAUGAGUAUAGGAUCUACUAUAGUCCCAGGCAGCCAUGCCAAUACUCUGGUGCUCCCUGACAGGAGGAGAGCAUCUGAAGAGGUAAGACAGUUUUUUUGUGAAAACCCUAACGACGGCAUCCUGUACGUAAGCAGAAAGAUUGACAGAGAAGAGAUAUGCGAGCGGAGCAGUACGUGUUUAAUAAAUCUAAAAACCGUGAUAGAAAACCCACUGGAGGUCCACUAUGUAGGAGUGGAAGUCCUGGAUAUAAACGACCAUUCUCCCAGUUUCCCAGAGAAAAAGAAAACGUUGGAGAUUUCAGAGUCUGUUUUGCCUGGAGUACGUGUUCCGCUAAAAGCUUCACGAGAUCCAGACAGUGGUCCUUUCUCUGUUCAGCAGUAUAAACUCAGCCCCAAUGACCACUUCCGUUUGGAAGUUAAGGAUAAGGGAGAAGAUGAUUCUGGAACUCCGUCACUAAGCAGCAACGUCACAGUAAACGUGUUCAUUCUGGAUCAGAACGACAACGCUCCAGUCAUCCUGUAUCCAGUCAGCUCCAACGGUUCUGCUGAAGGUGUGGAGGAGAUUCCUCGCAAUGUGAACGCAGGACACUUGGUGACUAAAGUCAGAGCCUAUGACGCUGAUAUAGGAUAUAACGGCUGGUUACUCUUUUCACUGCAGGAAGUUACUGACCACAGUCUCUUUGGUUUGGACCGCUAUACAGGACAGAUCAGAACACUUCGCUCAUUCACAGAAACAGACGAGGCUGAGCAUAAACUGGUCAUACUGGUGAAAGACAAUGGGAACGUCUCACUCUCAGCAACAGCUACUGUGAUUGUCAAACUUGUGGAGCCCAGAGAAGCUUUUGCAGCUUCUGAUGUUAAAAGUGAAAGUAAGGUUGACAAGGAAGACAAUUGCUCCAAAACUACAGACUAUACAUCCAAAUACCUACAAGAAACAAAUUAUGAUGGGACACUGUGUCACAGCAUCCAGUACAGAUCUGGAGACAAACGCUACAUGUUAGUUGGACCCAGGAUGAGUAUAGGAUCUACUAUAGUCCCGGGCAGCCAUGCCAAUACUCUGGUGCUUCCCGACAGGAGACGAGCAUCUGGAGAGGAGAAGUGUCGCUGUCCGUGGUACUGA